CGUGAUGGGGCGGGGCACGCUGCCGGCCGUUUGAACCUGGCGGCGGGACAUGGCAGCGGCGGCGGACGGGAGAUGGAUGUCAUUUCAGAAGUCACGGAUGGCCUUGAAAUCGCAGAACCUGUUAUCAACGGUAUUGAAAAUAGGUCUUUAGUUGAUGAGAAACUUUUACUCCACCAAAAACAAGAAGCAGCAGUGGACCCAGCCUUCAUGACACCGGAUAAACUUAAGACCCCAGUGAACUUUUCUACAGUAACAGUGGAGCAGCUUGAAAUUACACCAGACAGUUUUGUGAAGAAUUCACCAGGAAAAUCCUUGCUAAAAAAAUCCAGGCGCCGAUCCACAAUUGGAGUCAGAGGUUCUCCUGAAACAAAUCUUCUCAUUAGAUACAUUGCUCAGCAAAGGAAUUUAAAAAAUGCAAAUGAUUCUCCUUUGCUGGAGGCUUCUCCUUCAAUACAGCAGGCCAGCCCAUUUCGAUAUAGAAAUGGUGAUUCGUUAAAAGAGCGAAUUUCUGCUUUCCAAUCUGCUUUUCACCAAGUAAAGGAAAACGAAGAAAAGUCUGGACAUUCAGGGCUAGAGGGAGAAUUUCAAGCAGCAGACUGCACUAAGAACAAAAGCCCCAAACAUUGUGACCAGCCCCAGCUGUGUGGAGAGUUACCAUCCAAGCAUAGGCGAGUAUCUUACCAGAGAGACUUAAAAGAAAAUAUAGCUAAUGGUGAAAAAAAGUUGACUGACAUCCAGAUAUGCCAUAUUGCUACUUUUCCUGACACAAACCGAACUUAUACCUGUGAAACUUCUACGACAGAUCAUUCUAAGGAAUCUUCUUGUGAUCCGUCCGUUGUUGCACAGUCUGGAUGCUCGGUUUUAGAGGACACUUCACUGAGAAGUCUCUCUGGGGCUACAAGGGGAAAGGACGUAGCUGGAUGUGCAGAGGAAGAAAAAGCAAGUAAUGCUGCUUCCAGAUGUCGUGGAAAGAGAGGCAGAUCUGGGAAAGAGCUGAGCACAGAACCAUUCAAUGAGAUCAUGCCACCAGUUGCACCUGUGUACAAGGGGGACCUUUCGUCUCGUAAGUCCUCUUUCCUUCGCUCUGUGCUGAAGAAGACCCCCGUGAAGCUGCUUCUGGAAAGCUUACAGGAGCAUUGUGACACCACUGGGUAUGAUGGAAAGCAAUCCCUCUCGUUCUCAGAUCUUUCAAAGGGUUGUGAAGAACUGAAAAAUGAAAAAAGCAGUUUAAAAGGCCAAAACACAUGGCACAGAAAAAGAGUUACUUUUGGAGAAGAGCUGAGCCCAGAAGUAUUUGACGAAUCAUUGCCAGCAAAUACCCCACUGCGUAAAGGCGGCACGCCUGCUCGACAACAAGAUGUAAGAAGCAUUCAUCCUCCCUUUUUCCCAGGGCUGUCCAUUUCGGAGGCAAUAUCUCAACCGAACUUUGAAGAGCCAGAACAGAAUCUUGUAAACAUGGAACCACUUGAAGUGUCUUUUGCAGUCCUAGGACCUGCUACUAAUUCUUCAUCCUCUGAAACUCUUGAAGACACUGAUGUUGUUAAUUCUUCAAAUAAGUGUGAAAAAAUUUCCCCUUCCAAAGUUGAGAGGAUAACACGAUCCUCUAGCAAAAGGAAGAUUUUAUAUUUGCUACAGCAGUCGGCUAAUGUUACUGAAGAAGCUGAUUUUAGCAACCUAGUUAGCACAGGUGUUAAGCUUGAUAGGGAAAGGAAAUACAGUAGGAAGACAGCACAAAGAACAAAGAACACUAACAGAACAGCAUCGAAACAGAUAGAGGUGUUAAAAAAUUGCGGAAGGAGGAAAGGAAAAGGAAAAGGAAAGAGGUCACAGAAAUCUUUCUGUGGCCUAAGAGAGGUAGCUUCUAAGAAACCUCUUCUGAGUCCUAUUCCUGAGAUCCCCGAGAGCCCUUCUACAGCAACACCCAAUGCGCAAAGAAUGCCGCUUCCGUGGCGCUCAGAUUGUCUUGAUUUGCCAAAAGAGGAUUACAACACUUCCAAAGAUAGAGAUGAAGAUGCCAUGAACUCUGAUCUAAAUAAAGCAGUUGAAAAACCCAGAAAUAAAUAUUUGCCCCAGAACUCAGAAACCUUGGAUCCGUCUUGCACAGAAGAAGACACCUCUGAAUGUUUCAGUUCUGAUAGAGAAGGUGACUCAUCCCUUGGUCAUGUGACUUUUGACCAGGGUUCAAGUGUCAGUACAAUAGCAGCUUAUGGAAGUGGCCGUAUUCAACGUGCCAACAAGCUGGAGCGUCGAGACCACGCAAAGAAAAGGACUAAGAACCACGACGUCUGUCUUCUUUCUCCAGCGUUAACUCUUGCGGUAGAAGAAGAAGUGACUCCUGGUGUCCCCGAGUCCAGUUUUUUUCUGUUGCAGCCCCUGCGGUCUGCUGCUGUUAUCCCAAACGUGGAAAGCGUUUGUGAGUCUGAAGGUGCCGACGGCACGCAGCAAGUGGAAGAGCUGAGCACGUCCCGUGAGCAGCAAGAAGAUGCUUUCGUGGCUUCUGAAGGACGACCAAAGGCAGAACUGAGUCACGGAGAAGAUGGCGCCGCCAAUGAAGACGGGGAACAAAUCCUAAGUCGCGGCCAAGAGUCGAAGCAGAGAAAACCGAAAGCGCACAGCGGCGUCUUAGCUUGCAGAAGUCUUCUAAAGAGGCGGAGAAGAAGCUCUAUUUACCGUCCGGCUGAUGAGGACGUCCAUUUCGAGGAGCCGACCGCCUGUCCGGUGGAAGAACUGCCUUUUGACAAUUCUGCCCUCUUCACCGAUUUAACCGAGUCUAUCAAACAAGCUUUUAGGAGGCUGAGCACCAGUGGGACAAGAGUGAGACGCAGCACGAGAUUGCGAAGAGACUCAGUAAACCAGGGCCUCGUUUGGGUUUCGCUCCCAGGCCCCUCUCCUUCCUCUGCUGCUCACCGAGCCAAAAGGAGGACAGUGUGUUCCUCUACCACCAGAGAAUUCGAAGAUCUGUCCUCCGCACAAGGGCCCUGUCUCUCGUCUUCUGUCUCCGACAGAGAAACCUCGGAGAAUGGCUCCGUGUCUGAUGCUUCUCACGGAGCCAGGAGGAAGAGCUUUUGUGUCUCUGCUCUUUCAGAGACCAGACGUGCCUCCGGAUCCAAAUACUGCAGGAGAACGAGCCGUUCUCAUAGGAAUGAGGAAAACCACCCAGAUGACUUAGAAAAAAUGGAAGCGUUGGCGAAUCCAAACAAUAUCUGACAUUUCCGGCAUUCGUUUUACAAGUGGGAAGAUAACAAUAGGCAGUUUUCUCAAAAACAGAAGAUCUGAAGAAUUAAAGCAACUUAGAAGCAAUUUCAUCCAAGAAACUCUGUGUUGUAAAGAUUUUAAAUGUUAAGAUUUCUGAAUUUGAUCAUGCUUGUUUGCUUUUACUGUUUUUCAUGGGUGGUGAAAACAAAGAUCAUGAUGUACUUAUGUUGUGUUCAUUUUUUCUGACUGCCUUGCUUCCAAACAUCUUUACUCUUAGUACAUUUUCUUGAAAUCUCCCUGUAUCCUAAAAAUUUUAAGAUAAAAUCUUUGAAUUGCUUUUUAUAUUGAUGUAAAUUCUUCUUUGUACCAGAAGAUGGCAGCCUGACAUGAGACUUUUUGUGUAUUUAAUUAUAAAUCCAGGGCAACACCUGA